AUGUUUGAACAAAUAUGCGAUACUCCACUUUGGAUUUCCAACCAAACCUGGAAUACUCCAACUCCUCAUCUGAGCUCAUGUAUGAUCGAUACGGUAUUCACAUGGCUUCCGGUCAAAUUCAUUUGGCUGUGUAUACCAUACAUUAUAUGGGAAUGUCGUAAAUCGGAUAAGCAAUCAAUUCAAUGGAAUUACUAUAAUAUUAGCCGCUUAUUGAUAGCCAGUUUGAGCGCAGUCCUCGCUUUAGUCGAUUGUAUACUAUGUUUGUUACGGAGAUUUCAAUGGCACGACAACACCACCGACACCAACAUAAACACGGCUCACAUAAUAUCAACAGUUAUUCAAUGUGUCACCCGAUUAGCUGUUUGUAUAAUAUUCAGCUGUCACCGAAAAUAUGGUCUUAAUAGCUGCGGCUGGCAUAUCAAGACAUACCUAUUGUUGACCACUAUUUUCGGUGCCCUAUCUAUUGUUACCUAUACUACACAACAAGCAAUGAUUGAAAACUAUGAAUUUAUCAUUUAUUGUUUACAAUUUUAUUUGACACUAGCAUUGCUAAUAUUUUCAUCAAUUGACGACCGUUUACCAGAAAAUAGUUACGGUUCACUAGUUAAUGAUACCAAAUGUCCCCAGGAUAUGGCUACCUGGCCAUCAAUACUAACAUUCAAUUGGAUGAAUAGCCUGAUUAUCAAGUAUUGGCAACAAAAUUCACUGACAAUUGGCGACUUGUGGGCAAUACGUGAACAAAACAUCUAUGCACUUUACAGUGCAAAUAUUUCGGUAUUAGGACAACGUAUGACUGCAUGCCUGAUAUCAGCCGUAUAUCGUAAAUCACUAGUACUGGACUAUAAUGACCGCAAAAAUCAUGUAACCAGUGGCCAGAUUAUUAGCUUAAUGUCUAUCGAUUGUACACGAUUUACGGACGGUAUGCUAAACAUUGCAUUUGCCAUAUCAUCGCCGGCACAGAUACUGGUUAUACUCGGUUUACUCUACAGUGAAUUAGGUGCGUCCCCUACACUGGCCAGUGCCGCCAUAAUUUGCCUAAUGUUGGCCAUCUGUUUAUCGACAUCAAAAUCGGUCAAACAUUAUAUUACUAAACAAAUUAAAUACAAGGAUCAACGCAUUCAACUAACCAAUGAUCUACUAAAUGGCAUUAAAGUAACAAAAUUAUAUGCGUGGGAGACAGCAUUUUACAAAAUGAUAGUCAAACUGAGGGCCAAUGAGAUCAGACAUAUACGUUGGUCCAGUAUGUUAGGAGUUAUCUAUGUUUUUAUGGCCACCUGUUCACCAUAUAUAGUGUUUUCGGUAGCGUUUAUUGCCUAUAUCUUUAUCGAUGACGGCUCCGGUGGACAAUUGGAUGCCCAGAAAUUGUUUGUUUCAAUGGCAUUGUGUCUAUUUUUGCGUAACGUCCUAUUUUAUCUACCGACAGGGAUUGAUGCAGUUUUAUCAAUUAAUAUAACAAUUAGACGCUUAAACAAGUUCCUGAAUUUGCGUGACAAAUGUGAUUACGUGACACACAAUGCCGGCGGUAAUGAUAACUGUGUUGUUAGUAUUGAAAACGGGUCGUUCACAUGGAGUGCGGUUAACAACAAAGAUAAGAGUAGCAAUCAAUCAAAUAAUAUGUCGACAAAUAAGUUUCAUUUAAAUGAUAUAAAUUUGAAAAUAACGGAUCAAUCGUUUGUGGCAAUUGUCGGUGGCGUAGGUUCGGGCAAAAGUUCACUAUUGGAGGCACUGUUUGGUGAAAUGGACAAACAGUCGGGCAAUGUUGACAUACGGUUGGGCAACAAACUAGCUUACGUUCCCCAACAGGCAUGGAUACAGAAUGCAUCGUUGAAACAGAAUAUAUUGUUUGGAAAGCCCUAUUCGGAUAGUCUAUACAGACAAGUGCUGUAUAGUUGUUCACUGGAACAGGAUCUGAGUCAACUGACUGCCGGCGAUGAGACAGAGAUUGGCGAAAAAGGUAUCAAUUUGAGCGGAGGUCAGAAACAGAGAGUCAGUUUAGCCAGAGCUGUCUAUUCAGAUGCCGAUCUAUACCUAAUGGACGAUCCACUCAGCGCCGUUGACGCACAUGUGGGCAAACAUCUAAUGAAAGAGAUAUUAGACUCGAAAACCGGUUUAUUGCGAAAUAAAACCCGAAUUCUGGUUACAAAUCAAUUGUUUGUUUUGCCAAAUGUCGAUCAGAUUGUUGUACUAAAAAAUGUCAAUGAAACUAAACAUGAAAUCAAUAGUUUGAAUAAAUUUUAUUCAAACAAUAAUAAUAAACAACUAAUAGAUGAGGAAUACUUUGAAAACGGAAAUGUCAGUUAUAAAGUUUAUAUAAAAUAUGCCAAACAAAUGUCAAUUUUAUUGUCAACGGUUAUGUUUGCAUUUGUUUUGGCAUCAAAUGUCUUUAUAAUUAGUAUAAACUUUUGGCUUAAACACUGGAGCCAACAACAACAUACCGGUGCCCAACAACCAGACAACAACAACUACUAUGAACUGAAAGUGUUGACAGUUUUGACAGUCUGUCAGAUGAUAACCUUAUUUAUCAGCCGAUAUACACUAAUAAUCGGUUCAUUGCGUGCAUCCAUACGAAUGCACAAUAGGAUGUUGUGGUCAGUGAUGAGGUCGUCGAUGCAGUUCUUCGACACCACACCAUUGGGUCGGAUUGUCAACCGGUUUAGUAAAGACAUUGAUAUCAUCGAUACGACCACUCAUUUAUUUUUGGGAUAUUGUCUAUUUUUGACAUUAACUUGCAUUUCAUCGGUUAUUAUCAUAUCAAUAGUAACGCCACUAUUUAUUAUACCGUUAAUCAUAUUAUGUCUAUUAUAUUACAUGUUUCAGCAUUAUUACACAAAAUUAUCAUGUCAACUUAAAAGAUUAGAGUCUAUCACUAGAUCACCAAUUUAUGCCUGUUUUAGUGAAUCAAUAGCCGGUUUGUCCAGUAUUAGGGCGUAUGGAUGUGAAGAUAGAUUUAUAAGACAAUUGGAUCGCAAAGUUGACACAAACAUGCGCUGUCUGUUUCCGUUUGUUGCGGCCAACAGUUGGCUUCAGAUACGGUUGGAUUUGCUAUCAAAUUUGGUAGUAUUUUUUGCCGCACUGUUCAUUAUAUUGGAUAGACAGUCACUGAAAGCCGGCGAUACCGGUAUGUCCCUAUCGAAUGUGAUGACAUUGACCUAUACAUUGGGAGCCGUUGUCCGAAUGUUUGUCCAAUUUGAGAACAGUAUGGUUUCGUUUGAACGAAUUGAUGAAUACUGUCGAUUGGCACCCGAAGCUCGCUGGAGGUCAGCCAACAACAAAAAACAACAGUUAGCAGAUAACUGGCCAAACAGAGGAGAGAUUGACUUUGUAGAGUACAGUACACAGUAUAGAGAGAGCUUGGAUUUGGUGUUAAAUUCAAUUGAUUUAAGUAUUAAAUCGGGAGAAAAGAUAGGAAUCGUUGGCCGAACCGGUGCGGGAAAGUCAUCGCUAACUUUGGCUCUGUUCAGACUUAUUGAGUCAGUCUCUGGUAGGAUAGUCAUCGACGGUAUAGACAUCAGUCAGUUGGGUCUACAAGAGUUGAGAUCACGAUUAACAAUCAUACCUCAAGAUCCGGUACUAUUUUCGGGAACAAUUCGCUCAAAUUUGGAUCCGUUUGGCAACUGUUCUGAUGAUCAGUUGUGGACAGUCUUAGAGCAGUCACAUCUCAAGUUGUUUGUCAGAUCACUGGAAGCGGGACUCGACUGUUGUGUGGCUGAGGGAGGAGACAAUCUGAGUGUCGGUCAGCGACAGCUCAUAUGUCUGGCCCGGGCUCUGCUUCGACAUACGGCUGUCCUUAUUCUGGACGAGGCCACGGCUGCCGUUGACGUCGAAACCGAUACACUUAUACAGCAAACUAUUAAACAACAAUUCAAGUCGUGUACAGUCCUAACCAUAGCUCACAGAUUGAACACAAUUAUGGAUUCAGAUCGUGUGAUAGUACUUCACGAGGGAAGGGUAGCUGAAUUAGACACACCUAAUAAUUUACUUACUGAUAGUCAAUCGAUUUUCUAUUCCCUGGCCAAAGAUGCCGGACUUGUGUAA